AUGUUUUUCUGGGGUGGCUAUAGUUUUCAGAUACCACAUCGAGCGGAGAAGGAGGGGCAUCAACCCUUAAGGUUCCCCAUGUAUGUACCACCUUGCACUUCCACUCUUAAUGGUACGUAUUUACCUACACAGAACGGAUAUUUAGAGCCUGGUGGGGCUGCGACUCUUCAGUCAAAACUAGAAUGCAUUCUUCACGAACGUCUGCACAUUCGUCUGGCGUCUUGUGGAUCAAAACACGCGGUUUUAGUACUUACGGAUAGCUCUAUUUCUACAUUCUCACUUCUGCCGCAACACGGUAGGAGCGAGGUGCUUGAGGCCUCUCAGCCGCGCCACGGCUCUCCCACCUCUCGGGGCGCGAUGGUAUUUGGCAUUGGGAGCAAUCACAGUGGUCAGCUUGGGCAGCACGUUGCGAGCUACACGAUGUCGCUCACCAAUCUUCACUUGGAAGAAGUCAUGGAUGGUACGGUAAUGAGUAUAGCAUGUGGUGAGCGACACACAUUAGUAUGCACUUCAUCUGGUUGCGUUUACACUACGGGAGAUAACAGCCACGGUCAGUUAGGGCUGCCUAUACACAUUGGUGGCAAGGUACGACCCGGGUUCAAUAAUGGGGCACCGUGUGUUGCCAAAUUUACGCAGAUCCCUGGUAUUGCACGUAUUCAACAAGUCUACGCGAGUCACAACGCUUCCUUUGCUCUUAAUGCACAGGGUCAACUCUACUCCUGGGGGAGUGCUCAAGAGGGUCACCUUGGGCACAAUGAUACCGGUGAACGACUCGACCCCGACACCCUGAAGGUUGUGACAGUGAACACUGUUACACCACGCUUGGUUCGUUGGUUCGAGCAACACCACGUAUUUUUGGUUGAAGUGGCUGUUGGACGUGCACAUAUGGUAUGCCGCAGUACUGAGGAUGUAUACACUUGCGGGGAGGGCUUCUUUGGCAAGCUUGGGCACGGUGACGUGCUCUCUAGGGUGCAGCCCACUCGCGUCGAAUUCCCGCCUCGGAAGCAACCUGAACGUCUAAUCUCUAUUGCAGCGGGUGACGACUACACGCUUGUAUUGAAAGAAAACUCAAGCAUCGGGUCCAUUGUUUAUUUUUUUGGCAAACUCAGUAACGGUGAUGGACAACUAUACCCCUUUAUUAUACCUAUGCCGACGACAGUUCAGCUCACGCGUGUCUUUUCCAGCCGAGGUAAUCAGUGUCUAGCGCUGAGCAUGGAGGGCGUGCUCUAUGUGUGGGGGAAACACAGUUACCCCAAGGUAUACAACGGUACAAAUGUUUCUGCACCACGGGCGCAUCCGUCCGCUAUUGAGGUAUUGUUACCCUAUCGGUUGACAGGAGUCGCUGUGGGCGGGACCUUUAUGAUUGCAUUUGCCUCUGAAAAGAGGCCUGACGGUCAAGAAGGUGCGCUUGCUCUGGGCUCUUCACGAGAAGAAGGCCACAAUUGGGACGUUGUAGUCCCGCAUGAUAACCGUGUAGGGGCCAAACAGAAAGGUGAUCCCGAGGAGGUAUACGAGCAAGGCGUUAGAUGCUUUUUGCAACAGUACCUUGGAGGGGACUUGGGGGCCGCUUAUGCUGCUGGACUGCCUGUGGCACCUGCACUCACGGGUAUCGCCAAAUAUCAAUUUGAACGCAUCGGUUCUCAAGGCUUGAAAGAGGGACAGAAAGUGCGUAUAUGGAUGACAGACCUUUACGCAAUUGGUACAGUUUUAAAGAUAGAGGAUUCUCUCCGUAAGGCAAGCUUGGCUCCAAAGGAAUACACUAUGGAAUACCUGCGGCAAAAUGACUUGAUCAAUAAAGUGACAGAGGAGGUUCAUAAAGACGUGAUCGAUCAAAGCAACAAUAUGGGUGACGGCGAGCCCGAAGAAGCAGCAAGGCAGGCUCCAAUAAGCCAGGGACGCCGUGUGGGCAUUAGAUGGCAGCGUGACGACUGGAACAGCGAGGUCGUCACAUUGUAUUCAGAAGAUGAAACUUUAAACGGGGAAAACCCUAAUCGCUGGCAACCCUACUGGUUUGAUCGGAAUGACAAAGACGAAUACACUAUUGCAAAGAGUCGUUGA